ACUGCGAGGGAUCGGCAGGCGCCGCCGAGGCCGCGCUCGUGUCCGUGCGGCGUUACGCAGGUUUUAUUUCUGUCUCUCUCCGCCACUGCCGGGCCAUGUACCGGCAGAGCUUCCGACCUCCGACGCCUCCGUAUGCGGGCGGCGGGUUCCGGAGCCCUCCGUCCGGCGGCGGCUGCCCCGUGCCCCCCUCGCCCCGGGGCUACGGCAGCCCGCAUCACACGCCGCCCUACGGCCCCCGGCCCGGGCCUUACGGCGGCGGGCUGUCGCCCCGAGGCCCCGGCUUCGGCGGCGGCGGCGGGCGGUUCGGGAGCCCUUCGCCGGGCGGGCAGACCCCGCGCAGGCCGCAGAGCGCCAGCCCCCGCUACCCGGCUCCCCGCGGCGGCGGCAGGUCCCCGGCCGGAGCUGCCCCGCACCCGCAGCAGCACAAGCGCUCGCCCGGGGGCUACCAGAGGCACUACCAGGGAUCACCCAGGACAUCUACUCCAUUUGGUACAGCGCAUGGCAGAGAGAAAAGAGAGUCUAAUGAUGUGGAAAACUAUUACAGACCUUCAAUGCUUGAGGACCCAUGGGCUGGCCUAGAGCCAGUUUCUGUUACAGACAUAAACCAACAGUACAGCAGUGAGCAAACAACAUACACUGGUAAAAAAGGGAGGUAUUUCAGCUAACACUUUUAAAGGCCAAAUAACUGCAUCCUGCCAGGAAAACUUUGGGACAAAAUCUUUUUAUUUACACAAAAUGAACAAUAGUAAAGAUCGUGGUUAAUGCUUUUAUUUUAUCACAUUGACCCUUUUAUCCUUUUUUUUUUUUUAAUUCCAUUGGAAAUUUUUAUGUAUGGGGAGGGGAAAGAAGUGGUAGGAUAAGUUACCUUUCUGGCUACGUGGAAGUGCCUACCAGCUUUGAAGAACAGAGUGUUCUUUAAUCACCAGCGACUGAUUUGUGACUGUUAAAACAGGUUUCCAUAUAUUUAUCUCUUCCAUGCCAGAUUGUUAGCCUUUUAUUGUAAACUCCUUUAAAUAAUGGUAUUUUUUUAUGUUUCAACAUUUUUAGAAUGAAGUAACUUGGAAAUAAAAUGAAAAUUUUGUAAAUCCUUGUUUUGUAAUGUAUAAAGAUUAUUUUAGGACUUCUGUUAAGGGGUACUGAUUAACAGAAGUAGCACCACUUAUAUUAGGUGACUUUGUAAAUGUGCUUGUAUGCUGUAGUUAACAUCUGAUCUUGUGCAUAGUAUUUUUUGUUAACUGUAGUGCAAUGUCAAACUGAAACAUGACUCCAGCCAUCUCAGGAAACAGAUGUGUUGUCUUACAAAUGUUUAAUUUGUUGAACCAGAUCUUGAAUGCUAAACAUUAUUCUGUAAUGUUUACUUCUGUAUUUCGGAGAAAAAAAAAAAAAAAAAAAAAGCAUUUGAAAGAAGAUUACAUGUUUCUGGAUUAUAACCAAGUCUGUGGCAAUUUUAGACUAAUCAACACAAAAUAUGAGAAUUAAUUAAAUGCAAAUGUACUUUCUGGAUUUACCUUUAGAUUAGCAUAGAAUGAAUGGAACUUUGUUGUACAGUUGACAUUAGUACAUUAAUAGCAUCUUAUUUUUGAUCUCUUCUGGGUUUUUUAAUUUUUACCUACAGCUGGCAUCUUAGUCUAGAGAAUUCUUGUUUUCAGUGUGUGCAUGCUAUAUUUUUAUCUUGAAGAAGAAAACAAGGGUUUUUUUGUUUUGUUUUGUUUUGUUUUUUUGGUCUUGUCUGAAUAUGGAUGAUCCAUUCUUAAAUUCACUAGUGAAUAUUGUAAUUUAGAGCAAGUAAGAAAUAGUUCCAGCUGUAGGCAUGGCUCUUAACAUGCCAUGUUAAGCGUGCAGUGGAUAUCUUAAAGUGUUGUUUGACCCUACUGUUAUUUGUUGAUCUUUGCUUUUAGGCGAUACAUGGAAGAUGAAAACUUAGUUAAAUAAGAAACACUACUUCAGUUUUCAAAACGUAUUUUUGCAUAUCUUUUAAGCUUACGUAUUUCAGAGGAGACUAGAAAGUAUUUUUGUAAUCCUGAAGCAUGAUUUUGUGGAAUAGCUCAGGAAUUGCAUUAUAUUGUUCUGAGUAUCUGUUUUGCUGAGGUACAAUAGUCCUGUAGUACCACUUGGACUGUUUCAUUAUAAAGUAUCUCGGCUUAAUACCACCUUCAGGAACAACUUAAAACUGGAAGGGGGAGUGUGUGUGGGUAGGUAACUUGCUGAUACAUGCUGAGUCUUAAACUUCUAUGACUGUAACCUAAAGUUUUUCACUUGUUUUUCUUCAAUUAGCAUUUUUGUUUGCUUCAGUACUAUAUUCAAAAGGCUGCUCAGAGAACUGAGAAUAUAAUGCCUGCUUGAUAUCACGAGUUCUUAAAUCAUCAUCCCAGAAUCAAAACUGUCAUUUCUAUGGUAGCUGUCAGUAUUGGUACCUGUAACACGUACCAGCAGAACUGAAAUUACUUGAUUACUUGUAGAUACUCUUCAGAAUUUAAAAAUCAGUUAUGUCAUUUUGAAAGGUGGAGUAUAAAGUUUUCUUUCUUUUUUACCUUCACAGGUUCUGUAAAGCUCACAAAGUUAGAGUGAUUAACCGAGUCAUUUUUUUGUUACUUUUCUCCUUUGUAAUUCAGUGCAUUUUUUUGUAAUGUGUUUGAUGAUCUUGUGAAAGUAGAUCUGAUAGUACCUGAUGUUUUUAAGAGACUAAAGCUAUGACGUGUUCCCAGUGAGACAUGAGAAGAAACUGAGUUUGGAAAGAGAAAGGAAAGGAAAAGGAUUCAUGACAGAAGAGAGACCGUUAGAGAUGGAACUCUUUUUACAGUAACCAAUAUCAGCUGCCCUUGCACACUGCAAAGAUGCAUUUUUCUACUUUGGCUUUCCAGUUGACCAAGGGAUCAAAGCCAGUCACCUCUGGUAAUAACUCUUUGCUGCUGGAACAGGGUGUCAGACAUCAGUGAAGGUAGAUGUUCCAGAAAGUGAAUUCAGGAAAUAAUCUUGAAGCACUGUUUAAUCAGUACAGGCUUUCCACAAUACCAUCUUUUAAGCUGCUGCACCUAUGCACUUCAGGAUAUGACCCACGAAUUAGAAGUACAUCACACUGCUAAAGACUCUUAUAAUUUGGUCAACAAUCUGCAAGGAAUUUAGAUGCAAUAAGAAUACUAAACUCAUCACACCAUACCAAAAUAUUUAAACUGAUUCAACUUUCUGGUUUGUAGGAGACAUUCUGAAAUUACAGUAAAAUUUCAAAAUGUUGUUGGAUAGCUGUAAAAUGCAUGAACACGUGCUUAGAACCAUAAAUAUAAAAAUUAAAUAUUAAAGCCAGUUUAAACUUUGCCUUUUUUUUUUUUUCCUAUGAUAUCCAAGAAGCUUGAGCACUUAACUUCCUCACUGAUUUUUGUUCCUUUUCCCAUAUGGCAAACAUUCUUUCUCCCACAUGUUUUUAAUAAAGAUAGGAUAUACCACUUCCUCAUUUGUUUAUGAAGCCUCUUCAUAGCAACAGUAUGGUUCUGGAAGUAGUAUUUGAUGAUAAGAAAAAAAAAAAUUCAUCUGAAAUGCAUCCUUACUUCAGGAGCCCAUGAAACAGAACAAUUUCUGUGUCUUGCUAAUGAAGGUAUUCUUCUGUAAUGAGCACUUAAGAAUUUGAGUGUUACGUUUUCCUCAGCAGACUUUAAGGUAAGUCAUUUAACUCUUCAGAAGUUUGGCUUAAUACACAUUCUGUCCAUUCAGUUUUGUUUGCAUUCUUUGUCCAUUAAGACUUAUUUUCCAUUCAGUCAUUAUAGAAGGAAUUGCAUAACUCACUACUCUUUUCUAGCAAAAAAAAAAAAAAAAAA